UCGCCCACCUCUGUCACUGCUAAAAUUCCUCCUGCCCGCCCUGCCCGUGAUUUCGCCUCUCUCGAACUUCUCGCCACUGCCCGCUCUGCCCGCCCCCAGUUCCUUUUUCCUCCUCUCCUGCCCUCACUCUUCUUUUAGCCUACUCGUUAGGGUUCCUGAGAAGACCUCCUCCUUCGCCGGAUCCCUCCGUUUCUUGUUCGAUUCCUCCUCCUUUUUCCUCGUGGAAGGAGCGGUCUUUCUUGUGCGAGGAUCUUUGGCGUGCUGAGUGGAUUUCGAACCGCUUGGUUUCCUGGCGAUGGGCUUGGGACCAGAGGAGGCUCACCUGGCAGCGUGGGAAGCAACCAAGGAGGGAAUCGGGAGGAAGGACAGGAGGAGGAGGAGGAAGAAGAAGAAGAAGGAGGGAAGCAGUAGCAAGCGGGAAGCGACAGGGUGCUGGAUGAAGUUCCGCCUGAUGGGUGGUUGCAUCCCUUCCAGAGCCAAGGUGGAUACUUCGAUCAGUAGCGCCACCACUCAGUGCGAAAGUAAGUCAACAAAUGAUGGUAGCAGGGACCAGCCAGUUGCUCCACUAGCAUCUGGUUCUACCACCACUAGUAAUGCUGAAAGCAGUUCAUCUGCUUCUAAAGUAGGGGAGGAUCUAAAGGUUGCAUCCCAAUUGCGGAAGUUCGCCUUCAAUGAGCUCAAGUCUGCAACAAGAAACUUUAGGCCAGAAAGCCUCCUUGGAGAGGGAGGAUUUGGUUGUGUCUUUAAGGGAUGGAUUGAAGAGAAUGGAACUGCUCCUGUGAGACCUGGUACAGGACUUACUGUUGCAGUCAAAACCCUAAACCAUGAUGGUCUUCAAGGUCAUAGAGAAUGGCUGGCUGAAGUUAACUAUCUUGGUGAACUUCAACAUCCAAAUUUGGUAAAGUUGAUCGGGUAUUGCACUGAAGAUGAUCAAAGAUUGCUAGUGUAUGAGUUUAUGCCUCGUGGAAGUUUGGAAAACCAUCUUUUCAGAAGAUCCCUUCCUUUACCAUGGUCCAUCAGAAUAAGAAUUGCACUUGGAGCAGCAAAGGGUCUUGCUUUUCUUCAUGAGGAAGCUGAAAGACCAGUGAUAUAUCGUGACUUUAAAUCUUCUAAUAUUCUGUUAGAUGUGGUAUGUUUUAAAUGCUAUAUAUCUACAUUUUUCCUUUGGUAUUGGCUCAUUUCUUGCACUUCAAGCGUCCAGGAUUACAAUGCAAAGCUCUCAGAUUUUGGGCUUGCUAAAGAUGCUCCUGAAGGUGAUAAAACCCAUGUGUCUACCCGAGUGAUGGGGACGUAUGGAUAUGCAGCUCCAGAAUAUGUUAUGACAGGGCAUUUGACAUCAAAGAGUGAUGUCUACAGCUUUGGAGUGGUGCUGCUUGAAAUGAUGACAGGUCGAAGGUCCAUGGACAAAAACCGGCCGAAUGGAGAGCACAACCUGGUGGAGUGGGCACGUCCCCACCUCGGAGAAAGACGGCGCUUUUACAGACUCAUAGAUCCACGUUUGGAAGGCAACUUCUCUGUGAAAGGUGCCCAGAAAGUAUCCCAACUUGCGUAUGCAUGCCUCAGUCGGGAUUCCAAGGCAAGGCCGAUGAUGAGCGAGGUUGUGGAAGCCCUCAAACCACUUGUUAGCCUUAAAGACAUGGCCAGCUCUUCCUACUUCUUCCAGACCAUGCAAACAGAACGAGCCAUGGCACAUUCCAACAGCCUGGGUGCGAGAAAUGGAUCGAAGCUGCAGGGUUCCUUCGGAAGGAAUGGCCAACAGCCAAUGAGGAGCCUUUCACAUGGUGCACAUGCUUCUUCAUACCACCAAUCUCCAAAGCCUAGCGGGCGAUAACCAUGAAUGGAUCAGUUGUCAUUUCUACUCGAGGAAAUAGAUCGGGCUGGCCACCGGUGAGUUUAAGGACUUUGUGGAGUCUGAUGGGCUGUCGUGAAUGGAAGUUUUACGAGGGUAUUUCUGUUGGUACCACCCUUUGUUUUCUGAAAUAUAACUGUGAUGAAUAUUGACAGUUGAUGCCGACCUCAUACGGUCCAUCAAUCAUCUGUCGUGGUUGUUAUAUAGUUGAAUGGACUCAGAGGUAGUCUUUAGAAUGCA